AUGGACGAUGGGCUGGUGCCGAACGGCGCUCCGCCGCCGCGCCACGAGCUCGAAUCGGACGACGAAGAUGCACUGAUCGAAGCUGUCCACCCGAUCCGUCUCGUGGGCUCCGUGCCGCAUGGACGUGCCUGGAGCGUACUACUGGACGAUACAGGCGCUGCCGUUCUGCUCGCCACGCAAGGCGACUGGACCGAGCAGGCACACUUCGAGGCAGGUCCGACGAAGCUAGCUGGUAUCCAUGUGCCAGCGUCAGAGUCAAUGCCGAUAAUGUUGUUUGUGCCGGCCUCCCUGGCAGUGCCUCUGCCGCUCCAACAGAAGAUGGCUCAAGCGGUCGCACAGUGCCGUCCUCGGAGCGUUGCUGUGUUACAGCCAUAUGCCCCGAAUAUGGUGCUCUGCCUGCCCGAUAUGCCCCGUGGGGAUACGCUGAACCCUCCAGUGCAGUAUCUCUUGCAUACGCCACCGACGCAGUCGCCGCCUCCUGCGUGGGCCACUGUCGCCCUCCAGUCGUGUCAGCCAUGGAGCGCGCCUAACACACUCACAGGAUGCGGCGCCGCGCUCUUUGCGCAGGCCAUGUAUUUGGGGUGCCCUGCGCUUCUCCUCAGUGUACCAUCCACACGACCCCACGCGCAUCCACACUACCACACAGCAAGUCAGCCGAACCCCCCGCGGCAAGACAAGGUACGGGCACCGAGCGAUGUGCGCGAGCAACUCGCGCGACUUGUGGAGCCCUUGGACGGCCACUACGAGGCUUUGCUCUUGAAAAUGGUCGGGAAUGGCGCCGCAGAGGGCACGGGACCCUCCCUGCUCGUCGAUGCCUGGCAGGCCGCGAUGGCCGCACACACCACCGCUGGGCACAUUGGCGACGGCGGAAUGUAUAUAUAG